AUGGCAUCGAUAUGUCCCCCGGUCAAUAAAGAGUACAGUACCAAAAGAACCGAGCUGAUCCAGUUUCCUCUCGAAAGACACCGCUGCAACAGUUUGCUCAACACAGACUCGGACACUGUAGGAUGUGUGGAUCCAGAAGAGUGUGUGAGAGUGUGUGGAGCGGAGGUGGGAUGCUCCAACAUCGCCUUUCCCAAACUGGUCAUUGAACUCAUGCCAAGCGGCUUGCGUGGACUUAUGAUAGCGGUGAUGAUGGCAGCUUUGAUGUCAUCACUGACCUCCAUCUUUAACAGCAGCUCCACACUCUUCACCAUGGACAUCUGGAAGAAGUAUCGCUCACGAGCCUCAGAGAGAGAGCUGCUACUGGUCGGAAGGAUUUCGACUGUGAUCUUGGUGGUGGUGAGUGUGGUGUGGAUCCCCAUCCUUCAGUCGGCCAACAGUGGCCAACUGUACGUGUACAUCCAGUCGGUGACAAGCUACCUCGCUCCGCCCGUCACUGCUGUCUUCACCCUGGCUGUCUUCUGGAAGAGGACCAACGAGCAGGGUGCGUUUUGGGGCCUGAUGGUGGGCUUGGUGGUAGGUGUGUGUAGGAUGGUGUUGGAGUUUGCUUUCCCGCCUUCCAGAUGUGGCGUUGUGGACUCGGCACCUGAUGUUCUGCGCAGCGUCCACUACCUCCAUUUUGCCAUUCUGCUCUGUGGGCUCACUACUAUCGUGGUGACUGUAGUUUCCCUGCUCACCCCCCCGCCCAGCCCUGAACAGUUGCUUAACCUGACCUGGUGGACUUUGACUGAAGGGCCACAGAGAGAAAUUCCUCUGCAGAAAGUGUCCUCUGUCAGCCACCGUAGCUCCCAGGGCUGUGAGCCAACCCGGCGGGUGACAUGCGGUCAGGGCACAGGGUUGUGUAUCGCAGCAGCGCGGCGAUCAGAGGAGACUCCAACUCCCAGAGUUCAGAGCGUCAGAGAGAGUGUGUUCUGGUCCAGGUUCUGCGGUGUCAAUGCAAUCCUGGUCGUCAGCAUUAACAUUUUUCUCUAUGCAUACUUUGCCUGAGUCGAGGAUCAUAUUUCACAUCCUGUCUCACCCUGUUGCUGAACUCCUGACAAAAUCAACUCCAGAUCCAAGAAGGUGGGGAAACAAACUGUGGUUUCUGUACUGAUUUUACAUGAAUCCAACAUAAAUUCUCAUUUCAAACUAAACUAAAAAACACUUAAGAGAGCACCUCUAACCAAAUGUAUUAUUUUGAUUAUAAAAAAAUUGAGAUUUAAAGAAAAAUCUAAGUAACACUUUAAUUCAUUAAUUCAUAGUUGAUUAUUUUGUUUAUAAAACUUAUCUCUCGUAUUUUGUAAAACAUAGUUUCAAAGUGUUAAAAGGGUAUUGUACAAAUUAAAAUGAAGAUCGUGGCUUGAAACAAGCUAACAUCAAUCUGCAGUUUAUAAAUGAUGACAUAUUAACAUAAGGGCAUUACACACCAUAUAUUUAAAGCUUACAUUAAAUUAGAAUAUACAUAUUUGUGUUUUUAUGUUUAACGUGAAAAUCUAUUUGCUUAAUUUUACUUACAAUGUUAUGUUUAUGUCCUUAUGUCUGUCAAGAAGAGUUUUGUGAACUUUAAGUUACUGUUUUAGUUUUCUUUCAUGCUAUUUGGCUUGUUUGUGAAUAUAUAUCAGAAUUUCUCAACCUUUUCCGGUCCCAAAAAUUGCCCAGCUUUUAGUAUUUUAAAUGAAAAUACACACACUUGUGUUUUGAAUGAAAUAGUGCAUUAGAGCAUCUACAUUUAAUGGAGAUAAUGUGAAAUAAAGGUUUUACAGAUAGGUUCAGGGUUGUUGUUUGGUUCCCAGACAUUUUACAGUUUAUUAGUAAUACAAUGUGCCUCCUGUUUUUGUUUAACAGCAGACUCCCUCAACGGACAUUAAACCCAAGGUUGAGAAACUCUUUUAUAACAUUUAUGUUAGGUGCGUUUAGAUAUCUCUUUUUUAGUUUAGUCAAAAGACAGAAUAUCAUGACAACCUGUCUAACAAAUUUUUUUCUCUUGUGAUAUCCCAAAUAAAUUAUAAGAUAUGUGCAUUAAAGUUACAAUUGUUGGUCCAAAAAUAAAUGCAGGUUAGAGUAUU